GUCGUCCUCUGUUGCAGUGUUUCGUCGCUGCUUUGCCAUAAUUUUCCUCACCGGAUUCCCACACCUGUGCUCACCACACUACCUAGAUUACUUACUGUGUAUGUACCUACACUACCUUACCAUACCUACACUACUGACAGGCACACACACCACGGCCUGCCUGGUGUUGACCUGACAUGAUCCACGCCGGCGGCCAUCAUCGGUUCGUCGUCUCGAUCAAGGGCAUGGUCCCCAAUUGACAUCGUCCCAUCCUUGUCUGCAAUCCAAUUUAUCCAUUUCUCAUUGUUUUCCUCGAGUCCAGGUCCCGUUCCUCACGCCAAUGCUGCCAAUGCCCACUACCAUCCUAUUCCGCGAACCAGCAACGUCCAUUGUCUCAUUGAGAAGAACAAGUGAACAGGGGACUCGUGUCAAUCAUCGGGCCAGCGGAACAGCGUCAUCAUCAUUGUACAGAUGGACCCCCGAUCAGCUCGACCGUCGACAACAACACCAGGUGCCUCCAAUCCCUUCCCCUCCCCCUCGCCCAGCCUCAGUGUCGCCCACAUACCUGGCGCUGUAGUACCCACCAUCCCGGUCGACGUCGUCUCCUCCGAUGGCAUCAACAUCAACGGCUACAACACGGCCCUGGUCACCGAGCUGUUGAGGCACAAGCGCAAAGCCCGCGAUGUCAAGUCCUGCUUCCCUUGCCGCCACCGAAAGGUCCGCUGCGACGGCGGUCUUCCGUGCUCCAACUGCGUCAAGAGAGACCACGUCUCGCUGUGUCGCCGCGUCACUACCACUCCCGGAGCCUCCUCGUCAGUGACCACCAAGUCGACCGUCACCAAGCGCAUAUCCUCGUCAGUUGCCGCUACUUCGCCGAGAUCUGUCGGCGGCGGCGAUCCUUACAACGCCGGGAGUAAUGGGUUUGCUACCUUUGACCCCACGACAACGGGGCCACAACAACAGCAGCAGCAGGGGCAGCAGCACAAUGGCUAUCUUGACCAUAGCUCUCCAGAUGUUGGAGUCAACGGAUGUUCGGGAUAUCCUCCCCCACCGCAGCCACAGACGAGAGGACCACACCAAAUAGCCUCACCAAACCCUCAGCUACAACAACCCAGAGACAACCAUCUUCCACCAUUAGUACAAUCACAGCCACAACCACAACAUGAUGAUGACAGCAUCCUCGAACGUCUCGAAAACAUUGAGAGGCAAAUCCAAGCUCUCAAGUCGGACUUGGUCCAGCGCCGGUCCAACCGAGCAUACCAGAAUGCCGGCAACCAGCAACCCCAUGCCCAACCAGAUGCGCAAACACCAUCAGUGUCGCAGUAUUCCGAGCAUCACCACCACCAUCAACAACCAGAUACUCCCGACCUUCUCCCCCGCCUAGACUCGUUAGUAGCCGCCACCACCACCACCACCACCUACGGCAACCACCACAGCGCUUCCCACCACAACGACAACCGUAAACCGUCUUCCACUCAAGCCCGUUACGGCGCCACCCCGCCUGCCAUCUCUCAGCUCGAAGCAACCUCCCUCUUCCGCGGAAAACAUUUUGUCGAAGAAGCCACAGGCGCCACCAUCUUUCUUGGUAGGCGUGCCGACCCUCCUCUUUCACUCGGCUGCUUCCAGGACCCUGCCACCCUCUUCUCUCCCGGCGGGGAUGCCGGCCUCAACGGACAGGGCGGAGCAGGAGGAGUCAGACACCACCAAGUCCAGCUGACCCCGCGGACAUAUCCAUUUACCAACCUGUGGACGCCCGAGGCCAAGCUAGGCGACGUUUGUCGGACACUGCCUUGUCAGAGCGACAUCGUUCGGUACUGGCAGGCUUUCGAGACGUAUGUCUAUCCGUUUUACCCGAUUCUCAUGGCGCCCGACGAGUUCAGGGCGAGCAUCUAUGCCUUCUUGUCGAGGCAGCCAAUGAUGAGUAGAGCGCAGCAGCAGGAGGCCGAGGGCGGGAUGGGGAAUGGCAAUGGGAUGGCAGGAGGGCCGACAAUGAGUUGGAUCGAGGAAAAUACGGAUCCGAGCUGGCUGGCCUUGUUGUUUAGUGUGCUGGCGUGUGGGACCCAGUUUAGUGAGGAUACGGCGGAGGAGAGGUAUUUGAGGAGCAAGGUUUUCGUUUGUUCGGCAUUCCAAUGCCUCAGGACAGCCAACCUCUUUUUCAAGACCGAUCUAAACCAGAUCCAAGCCAUGGCUCUCAUUUGCCACUGCUUGCGGAAUAAUCUGGAGACCAAUAGUGCUUGGAUACUCCUCGGCGCAACAAUCCGGUUGGCGCAGAGUAUUGGACUGCAUGAGGCAUCCAUGCCGGGAUCGCAGGGCGCAUGGGCGAGCGAGGUCCAUCGUAGCCAAGCGGCACAUCUUUGGCGCAUGAUCAUCUGGCAAGACACCUUCCUUUCCCUCACCUACGACCGGCCGCCCGUCGCAACCUCCACUAUCCUGCACAAUGACAUGCUGGGCACCCACCGCCACCUAGCCUCGUCGCGCUCUUCCAGCGUCAACCCCGACCCCACGAAAUACACCUUUACAGAAACCGUCUUUCGAGUUUGCCUUGUCGUUCUCGACUGGACCCGCGAGGGCACCGCGACUGCCCAAUCUCCCACUGCCUUGUUGGGGACGGAAAAAGACCGCCGCUACUCGCAAAUCCACUCGCUGCUUCAUUUUAAGCGCCAGUUCGAGCUGGUCCAUCAAGAUGCAGCCCAGUACCUCAGGGAUGACUCGCACUGCAAGACUCGCCAAGAGCAUUUGGAGCGAUUGGGGCUCCUGAUUCAUGGGGCUAGUGCGUUGUGUAGGAUGUAUCGAUCGUGCGUGAUUUCGCUGCGUGAGGAUCGUGGCCAGCAAGCGGGAUAUGACGCGGUCGGGAUCCAGGGACAAGAGGAAGAACAGCUGACGAGCGAGUACGCCAUGCACGCCACCGAAGCUGUUCGUGGAUUUUUGGACAUGUACCAGUUGAGUCCGACCGUGUGUCGGUCGUGGCCGUUUGUGCACAAUGCGGUUAGUUCGGCGGUGAUGUUGAGAGAGAUUUUGGUUGGUGGUGGUGGCCCAGGGGGCUCGUCGACUCCUACUUCUAGCCAUCAGCAGCAUCAGCAGCAUCAGCAGCAACAGCAGCAACAGCAGGGAAGCGGAAUGCAGGCACUAAGAGAGGAAUGGGCGAGAAGGAGCGAACCCUUGGUUCAAAAGCUGAUUGCCGUCUUGGAAAAGGAGGAGAGGGAGAGUGAGUGGUUGGAUGCAGAUACGAACGUGAGGCAUUCGGGACCGCAUUCGAGGGCGUUGAGAGCGCUCAAGGAGAGUUAUGGGCGGUGAUGAUGGGAUGUGUCAGGUGAAAUAGAGGUACAGAUGGAUACCUAACAUGCCUGGUUAUGAAGCUGGGAUAGACGUGGGUACAAUGCAUUGACAGGAAAUACACGAUGGGCUGGUCUGGCGUUGUAGACAUAGCAUACAUGGAGUUUGUGUUUUUGGCAAGAAAUGUCGAGUUUUGGAUGUUGGAUUCAUGUUUACGUCAGUCCUGUUAGUAGAGAUACACGUGUAAUGUCAGAUAAACUGUUGGCACCUGCCGACCAUGCAUUCUGCGGUCAUCACUGCAGUGAUCCAGCGUGGCAGGUGUUUCUCGAUCGGCGGAUGGAAUUUUGGCAAAACUUGCCGUCGGUGUACUCGCUGAUCUCCCCCAGAAGGUGCCCGUCUAUCAAAAUUCGAGCGAAGCGAGGUCCCUCCCCGGAUGGGGCCGCCGGAGGCAUCAUCGUCAACAAGAACAUGCCAGAUCACCAGCAGGGCACGCCAUGGUUAAAGGAAUACCCGAUUUUCCAUU